AUGGCAAAGAGGAAUACAGCUACUGUGACUGAGUUCAUUUUGCUGGGAUUCACAGACAAUCCAAAGCUUCAGAUCUUCCUCUUUAUGGUCUUUUUCUUCAUCUACCUGAUAAUCCUACUGGGAAACCUUGGGUUGAUUGCGUUAAUCAAAACUGACUCCCAGCUUCACACCCCUAUGUAUUUUUUCAUCAGCAACUUGGCCCUCUUAGAUAUUGGAAACUUCACCAUCAUUGCUCCCAGGACCCUGAUGACCUUCAUCACAGAGAGCAAAGUCAUCUCUUUCACUGGGUGUGCUGCACAGUUCUUUUCCUUUUGCAUUGCUGUAUCCUGUGAAUGCUGCCUGUUGGGGGUGAUGGCAUAUGAUCGAUUCCCAGCCAUCUGCAGUCCAUUGCUCUACACUGUCAUUAUGUCCAAGCAGUUCUGCAUCUUUCUCGUGCUGGGCUCUUACUUCACAGGAUGGGUGAAUGCAACAGUCCAGACUAUUCUUAUAUUUCGGCUGUCCUUCUGCAAUUCCAAUAUCAUCAACCAUUUCUCCUGUGAUGUGCCCCCAAUCUUGAAGCUCUCCUGUUCUGAUACCCACAUCACUGACAUGAUUCAUUUCACAUUUUCAACUGCAAUAGGAAUAAUUACCAUCCCGAGCAUUCUCAUCUCUUAUAUAUAUAUCUUAGUUGCUAUCUUAAGAAUCAACUCUGCUGAUGGCAGGCGUAAAGCCUUCUCUACCUGUGCUUCCCACUUGACAGCUGUCACUGUUUUCUAUGGGACAGGCACUUUCAUGUACUUUUGGCCCAGUUCAAAGUACUCCGUGGACCAGGACAAAAUCAUCUCUGUGUUUUACACUCUUGCAAUUCCAAUGCUGAACCCUCUGAUCUAUAGCCUGAGGAAUAAGCAAGGAAAAGAGGCCUUCAGGAGGAUGAUAGACAAGAAGUUGUCUUUUGUUGAAUGA